GGUUCUGCCGGUGACAGUAGGGAGCCCCACCCUUUCCCCACGUGGCUGUGAAAACCGGUUUGAGAGUGUCUGUCAGGUGGGCACCUGCCGCCCCAUGAGCAGGAGAUGAAGAUGUCCGCCAAGCGCAUCACCCAGGAGACCUUCGAUGCAGCCGUUCGUGAAAACAUUGAAGAGUUCGAGAUGGGGCCAGAGGAGGCAGUAAAAGAGGCCGUGGAACAAUUUGAAUCACAAGGGGUUGAUCUGAGCAACAUUAUAAAGAUGGCACCCAAAGUCUCUGCAGAUGGACCCCAGGAACCUACACACGACAUCCUGCAGGCCCUGGAUGACUUGCAGGAGUCCGUGGCCUGCUCUCACCCCCAGGAAGUAUCCACACACCUCACCCGCUUUUUGGAGCAGUGCAAGCAGCACAAGGCGAGCCGCUUCCUGGCAGCCCAGAAGGGGGCCUACCCCAUCCUUCUCGCCGCCUGGAAGCUUGCUGUAGCAAGCGACCAGGGCCUCCUGCUCCAGGCCCUCAACGCCCUGUCAGCCCUGACCGAUGGCCAGCCUGAUCUCCUAGACACCCAGGGCCUGCAGCUGCUGGUGGUCACACUGGCCCAGAAUGCCGACGCGGCUGAUCUGACAUGUUCUGGCAUCCGCUGUGUGUGCCAUGCCAGCCUGAAGCACGAGCAGAAUCGGCAGAGCCUGGUGAAGGCCGGUGUGCUGCCUCUGCUGACGGGUGCCAUUACCCGGCAUGGUCACCGUGCCGACGUGGUCAGGGAGGCCUGCUGGGCCCUCCGAGUCAUGACCUUCGAUGAUGACAUCCGUGUGCCCUUUGGCCAUGCCCACGACCAUGCCAAGAUGAUUGUGCAGGAGAAUGGAGGCUUGAAGGUACUCAUUGAGGCCGCCAAAGCAUUCUCUGACAACCCCAGUGUCCUGAGUGAGCUCUGCAGCACCCUAUCCCGCCUGGCCGUCCGCAAUGAAUUCUGCCAGGAGGUCGUCGACCUUGGGGGCCUCGGUGUCCUGGUGGCCCUACUGGCCAACUGCAGCGACCACCAGGUAUGCGAGCAGAGCUGUGCGGCCCUGUGCGUCCUGGCCCUGCGGAAGCCAGAGAACAGCCGGGUCAUCAUGGAAGGUGGCGGCGCCCGGGUAGCACUGCGGGCCAUGAAGGCGCACCCUGCGGAGGCUGGAGUGCAGAAACAGGCCUGCAUGCUGAUCCGUAACCUGGUAGCCCGCAGCCAGGCCUUCUCACAGCCCAUCCUGGACCUGGGGGCCGAAGCACUCAUCUUGCAGGCCCGAGCUGCCCACCGUGACUGCGAGGACGUGGCCAAGGCUGCCCUUCGGGACCUUGGCUGCCGUGUUGAGCUGCGAGAGCUGUGGACUGGCCAGAAGGGCAACCUGGCACCGUGACCUCAGGCUCAGUCUGGGCCAUGGCUCUGGGUGAGUUAUGUGACUCAGGAACAGGGAAGAGGUCCAUGUCCUGUCACUCUACUCCCCGGAUUCCUCACCCAUUCAGUGACAGGUGUUUUCUGAUGGUCACCAGGUACAGGCUGGGGUGGGAAGGGAACCAUGGUGAAGCGUCUACACAGCAGAGAGCAGCCCCUGGGCCCUGGCCUCCUUUCGCCUUGUUCUCCAGGCCAGCUGACCACAUUGCUGUUACCCGUCCUGCCCUCCCAACCCCACCACCCUGUGCCCUUUCCUACCAAAAGGAGGGCCCUUAGUAUUGCUUGGGGGCAAAGUGCUAACUGAAAUGUGGGAUCCACGCUGGCCAGUCUCACAGGAGGGUGGGGACCCUGCUUCGGUUCCUACAAGUCUGUUCUCUCCCCUGCUCGUCUCUUACUUAUAAUAUG